CCCCCCGCGAUGAGGACAGCCCCCCGGGGACGUGGAUAGCGCCCCCCGACGAGGACAGCCCCCCGGGGCGAGAAGCCCACUCCCUCCACUUGGGAGAAUCAGGACCUUAGGAGACUCACCAUGGAAAAGUUGUUGGGUGCUGUCCUUCUCACCGUGCUGUCCUCUGGCCUGGCCUCCUCUCUCAAUGACUCCGAGCCCACCCUGGAGCCCGAGGUCAUCACGGAUGUCUCGCCGGAGCGCCAGAAGAUCGUGGAUGCCCAGUUCAAGUGCUUCGAGCGAAUGAACAGCAAGCCCCCCUACCAAAAGACAGGUCUGUUUUGUAACCGCACGUGGGAUGGAUGGCUCUGCUGGGACGACACACCCGCCGGGAGGGUCUCUGUGCAGAACUGUCCCGACUACUUCCCCGACUUUGAUCCAACAGAACAGGCCUCCAAGUACUGCGAUGAGCAUGGGAACUGGUUCCAGCAUCCCGAGAGUAACCGGACAUGGUCCAACUACACCCUGUGCAACUCCUUCACGUCAGAGAAGCUGAAGGUGGCGUACAUCCUCUACUACAUGGCGCUGGUGGGCCACGCCUUGUCCAUCGCCUCCCUCCUCAGCUCCCUUGGGAUCUUGUUCUAUUUCAAGAGCCUCAGCUGUCAGAGGAUCACGCUGCACAAGAACCUCUUCUUCUCCUACGUGCUGAACUCCCUGUUCACCAUUGUCCACCUCAUUGCGGUGGUGCCCAAUCCUGACCUGGUCAAGAGAGACCCCGUGAGCUGCAAGGUCCUCCAGUUCUUCCACCAGUACCUGAUGGGCUGCAACUACUUCUGGAUGCUGUGUGAGGGCAUCUACCUGCACACGCUCAUCGUGGUGGCUGUGUUCGCCGAGGAGCACCGGCUGCACUGGUACUACCUGCUGGGCUGGGGUACGUAUCCCGCCGCCCCCACUCUCAUACACUCACUCACACACACACUCACUCACACACACUCACACACACUCUCAUACACUCACUCACACACACUCACUCACACACACGCCCCCCCCACCCGCCCCCCCCAGGUUAAUUUCUUCUUCCUGCUCAACAUCGUGCGCGUGCUGGUGACCAAGCUGCGGGACACGCACCGCGCCGAGUCCACCAUGUACAUGAAGGCCGUGCGCGCCACGCUGAUCCUCGUGCCCCUGCUGGGCAUCCAGUUCGUGGUCAUCCCCUGGCGGCCCGAGGGCAAGCUGCCCGGAGAGGUCUACGAUUACGUCAUGCACGUGCUCAUGCACUACCAGGGCCUGCUUGUGGCAACCAUCUUCUGCUUCUUCAAUGGAGAGGUCCAAGGCGCCCUGAAGCGGCAGUGGGCCCAGUGCAAGACCCAGUGGGGCCAGCGGCGCAGGGACCGCUGCUCCACCCGCUCUGCCUCCUACACCGCCACCUCGCUUACAGAGGUCCCGGUUUACCUUUACUCUCCCGAUGCCCACAACGAGCAGCUCAACGGCAAGUUCGCCGCGGAGGACUCGGAGGUCGCGGCCCUGAGGUCCGGAGAGUCGUCAGCCUGAUUGGCCGGCAAAGGAGGCGCCCCGCCCCCAUCCUCUCCGCGGCUGACUCGGGUUCUCUCUCCUGGCCACGUGGAGAACCUUCCAAAGGACCC